AUGGGCCCCUGGCUAGAGGCUUUGGAGCAUGUGGAAUGGGCUAAACUUGUGAGCCCACAUGCACAACCAGCGGCAACUCUUGUACGCUUUGGAGGAUUGGACUAUAAAUUUGCAGCAGCACGAAAUAAUUUGAAUGGACUCUCCCGCUUCCAAAUCAAUGUGCAGGAGAUUUCAAACCAACAGCUUGAAACAGUGCCACCUCUUUUUAUUAGAGACGACGUGUGCGGAGUCAUCAACACCGUUCCCUCCGGUAACUCUCUUCCUGUGCCGUUGAUAGACAUGAGCAAGCUGGCCAACCCAGAGUUCCAAGAAAUAGAGCUUCAGAAACUGCAUUCCGCAUGCAAAGACUAG